AGGCUUUUUAUUUUCUGAUUAUCGAGUUUUUCCUCUUCUUCCUUAAUCCUUCGUCAAAGACCUAGAAGCUAGGGGUUCCUUUUGGUUGUGGCGAGAGCGAGAGUUGCUACGGACAUGGCGUCGCAGGAGUACUUGGACAAGAUGCAGCUACGCCAGAACUACCGCAACCUCUGGCACUCCGAUCUUUUGGGCACUAUUCAGGCUGACACUCCCUAUUGCUGCUUUGCAUUGUGGUGUGCGCCAUGUGCAUCAUACUUGCUCCGCAAACGAGCUCUUUACGAUGACAUGUCAAGAUAUGUCUGCUGUGCUGGUUAUAUGCCCUGUAGCGGCAGGUGUGGAGAAAGUAAAUGUCCUGAAUUUUGCCUAUGCACUGAGGUUUUUCUCUGCUUUGGAAAUUCAGUGGCCUCAACCCGGUUUUUGUUACAAGAUCAAUUUAACAUUCAGACAACACAAUGUGAUAAUUGCAUCAUUGGUUUCAUGUUCUGUUUACAACAAAUUGCAUGCAUCUUUUCCAUCGUUGCAAUGAUAGUUGGGAGUGAGGAAAUUCAAGAGGCUUCUCAAUUGUUAUCUUGUUUGGCGGACAUGGUGUACUGCACGGUAUGCGCAUGUAUGCAGACACAACACAAGAUAGAAAUGGACAAGCGAGAUGGCAAGUUUGGGCCUCAACCGGUAAUGGCCGUACCCCCCAUGCAACAGAUGUCUCGUAUCGACCAGCCUUUUCCUCCAUCGGUUGGGUAUCCACCUCAACCAGCAUAUGGACAGCCCUAUGGUUAUCCGCCGCCGCCCCAGGCUCAACAAGGCUAUCCAGCUGCUUAUCCUCCUCCUGCUUACCCACCUCCUGGCUAUCCCCGAUGAUUUUAUUACAACAUUACAAGUUGAUUUGCAAUUUCAGUCGAUUUUUAGCUGUUACUUGCUGGGUUUCAGGUAACGAACUGUAAAAAGCUCCAAUUUGUGCGUGGACCAGAAUACAACUGUGAUCUGGCCCAUGGCCCGGCGCACUUGUUCUGUCUUUACUUGCUUAUAAGUGAUGUGAAUGGCGACAUGUUUGAUGUGAAUGGUGACAUGUUCGUGUGUGAUUUGGAUUGUAAUUGUUAUUUUGCCCAUUUGACAACAAAAGUUUGAAACAA